AUGAUGAAGUUAUGUUGCUUGGCGAUGACAUUGGCGAGAGCACGGAGGGGACAAAGGUUGAGUAAAGGUGUGGAACGAGGGGUCCAAUUACGAAAGAGGAAGAGGAUUAUUCCUAUAUGGAAGAUCUUUGAAGCUAGUGAAUUGGAAUGGUGCCAUAACCCAAAUUUGGUGAUGCAAUUUGGCAACGUGGAAGCUGAGAUUGAAUUCUUCGCUUCCCUCGUCAAAGCUGACGGUUGGCUGAAAGGAGAUCGACAACAAGAGUUGGAGGAAGUAGAAAUAUCAGACUGGACAACGACCGAUGUAUUUUUUAUGGUUCCGGCGUGUGGGAUGGAUUGGCAGAACGCAUAUAAGGUGUAUGCCACUUGUAUGUUGACGAAGUAUAAGCAUUGGGUGGCUCUAAUGAUUGAUCUGGUUCAGUGUGAAAUCAAAGUGUACGAUUCAAUGGUUUCACUUAUUCCAGAUGAGAUCUUAAAGGAAGAACUCACCCCGCUUUCAAUUACGAUUCCAAAUCUUCUCAACGCCAUCAACUUUUAUGAAGAAGGUGUUUACACAAACGAUUGCAGCCGAGAUUGGUGGUGUCCGUGGCCAAUACAACGUGUGGAUGUUCCACAACAAGGUGAUUGUGGCAUGUUCGUGUUGAAGUACAUUGAGCUUUUGAGCACUGAGAUUCCGUUAGCUACUUGCACCUCGCAGAACAUGCCCUUUUUUCGGUUGAAGUUGGUUGCAGAGAUAGUACGGGGAGAUGCUUACAUGCCAUGA